ACGCCAGAAGGGCAGCAGCGUCAGUGCUGCGUCGGCGACAGAGUUUGCAUCCAGUUUGAGCGUGAAGGUUGUAGAUUUCGAGGAGUCCUAGUCCCUCGCCACGCUAAGUGGGUCAGAAGUAUUCGGAAAACUAAACAAAACCACGCGCAACGAGCGGCUAAAACUUCAAGUGAAAAACACGCACGCCAAAGUAAUAGAACGAACAAUGGACGCGCAAAUUUUGAAAUAAGAAAAGAAACAUUUUUAUUUGAUGUCUUGUAUACGGCUACACGAGGGUAUUUCAAAGCGUAGUCGACCCAACUGAAAUUUAGGAACAGCAAUUAAAUUCGGGAAGAGUGUACUUAAAUAAUUGUCGGCUUGAGCACGAUACACGUUUUUCAACGAUAUCGAUAGCAUCGAUAUCCUGUUUUCUGUGUUGGAUCUGAGAAAGUGAAGCAAUAUUUCGAAUGUAUCUUUUAGUCGGAAAAAGGAAUACAUGAAUGUCGGAGCGAAUGAAUGUGCACGGGCAAGCGAAUUACGCAUAAGAUCUCUGGGUGACUCGGUCGAAAAACGACAGAAUCUCGCAUAACACAAAAUCGCAAAGAAUACCACUGAAAAAUCGCGAAUAAGAAUCAAUAUUCUUUCCCGAAUCGAAUCAAAACUAAUUGACAAACAAUCUGGGAAUCAGCGACGAGUCAAAUUCGGUUUUGUCGUGUCGGUUGUGUCGGGCCGGAGACGGAGACCCAUUGAAGGUGUGCAGUUCCGUUCCACAGCGGCUUGCAUGAGGCUGCUGAAAAAGCGUGAAAGUGUCACAAAUCGACAGCAAAGGGCCACGCCUGAAACUGCACCUACGACUACGCUUGUGUUAGAAAAGUGAUCUCAAACAAUCUUAUGAUGGAACUCUUGUCAAACAAUUCGGUUCCGCAACAAAUGGCUAGCAGCAAUACGGCCAGCGCCAACGGAGUUGCCUCCUCGACUGUCAAUGGCAGCGGCAGUGUAAGCAGCAACGCCAGCAACUCCUCCGAGCGCCUCCUGGCAGGCAUACUGGAGUCCUUCCCCGCCUGGGACCUCAAUGUCGGACUGCUGCCCAAUGUGGGACAGAGCUCCCCACCACGCACGGACUUCUUUAUCAAUAACUUUCUUGGCGGACUGGACACACAUGGCGACUUCAGCAUCGGACCCAUUGGAAGCGGGCCGCGCAGCAACCCAAAGAUGUCUCCAGAGUCUUCCAACAACUCGAGCAUCAGCUGCGGCUGGUGCGAGGUGAGCGCCUCCAUACGCUGCCUCGAGUGCAACGAGUUCAUGUGCAACGACUGCCUGAGGGAGCACCGCAACAGUCCGCUCUCCUCGAACCACUCGAUCGUGUCGCUGCCGACGCCCAUCGGGGCCUCGCCCACAGGCGGCAGCUCGACCCACGCCCACACGCCGCCCAGCUCCAACUUCAUCUGCGACAUUCACAACGAGAUGCUGCGCUACGUGUGCGACUACUGCCGCAAGCUGGUGUGCCAGUGCUGCACUCUGCACGAGCACAAGGAGCACAGCUACGCAUCCAUUCAGAGUUUCAUGGUCGGCUCCAAGGAGAAGCUGGAGGGCGCCAUCGAAAGCAGCCAAGUGGGGACGCGCUGCAUCAAGAGCAGCAUUGACAAGGCCCUGGCAUUCAUCCGUCUCAUCGAACGCAACUGCAGCGAACUGAGCGACAACAUACGGAAGGCCUUCCGUCAGUUCAUCAUUGCCAUCGAGGACCGCGAGCGCUUUCUGCUCGACUUUGUGGAGAAGCUGCGAUUGCGCCGCCUGGCCAUUCUCCACGACCAGAUGGCGGGACUUAAGUCCGCUCUGGCCGGCCUUUCCGAGACCUCCGAUAUGCUCAGUAAAGUGGCGGACAACGCAUUGAGCAUGGACCAGAUAGAGAUCGCGAUGAAGCUCACCAACGGACAGCGCCAGAUGGAGCAGUUCGCCGGCAUCUACAAGGACCUGCAGCCCAAGCAGGAGGUCUUUGCCUUUGCGCCACCCGACUACAGUCUUCUGCAGGAUAUCCGAAACCAGGGAGGCGUCAUACUUGUCGACGAUAAGAACCUGCCCAUCGUCACAAGCACGAGCGGCAUCGUACCCAGCGUCUCCAAUGUGAAUGCCGUCACUGCCGCCUCCGUGGGAAUCGGAGGAGUCGGAGCUGGUGUUAGUGUAGGUGUCAAUCCAAUCGGUGUCGGUGGUGGUGUCGGUGUAGGUGUCGGUGUCGGUGGCGGUGUCGGUGUCGGUGGCGGUGUAGGUCCUGGCAAUGGAAUGGACUUGGCCUUUGGCAUCGGCAGCAUUGCCAACAAUCCCCUGAGCGUAGCAUCCUCGAACGUGCGUCGGCCAUUGCUGCGGGACAAUAGCUUCCGCAUACCGUCGCCCAUAAUGCAGCCCCGUGGCGGCAGCGCCUGCGGCAUGUCGAGCGCAGCCCUGGACUGGGAAUUGAACGGACUGCGAAGCUCCCCAGGCCUUCACUUCAGCGCCCCUCGGACGACGCAGGCGAUUCCUGGCUGUAUGGAUCUGGUGAAGGUGCGCAACUCCAAUUCGCUGUCGCUGUCGUUUGCCACCGAAGGCCACGAGGAUGGGCAGGUGAGCCGACCGUGGGGCCUGUGCGUAGACAAGAUGGGCCAUGUUUUGGUCUCGGAUCGGCGCAACAACCGUGUGCAGGUCUUCAAUCCAGACGGCUCGCUCAAGUUUAAGUUCGGUCGCAAGGGCGUGGGCAACGGGGAGUUCGAUCUGCCAGCCGGCAUCUGUGUGGACGUGGACAAUCGCAUCAUUGUGGUGGACAAAGACAACCAUCGCGUGCAGAUCUUCACGGCCAGCGGCGUCUUCCUGCUCAAGUUCGGCAGCUAUGGCAAGGAGUACGGCCAGUUCCAGUAUCCGUGGGAUGUGGCAGUAAACUCGCGUCGCCAGAUUGUGGUCACCGAUUCGCGCAACCAUCGCAUCCAGCAGUUCGAUUCCGAGGGACGUUUCAUACGCCAGAUUGUGUUCGACAACCAUGGCCAGACUAAGGGCAUCGCCUCGCCCCGCGGUGUCUGCUAUACGCCCACGGGGAACAUCAUUGUCUCCGACUUUGACAACCAUUGCCUCUAUCUAAUCGAUCCUGACAUUAACGACAUUCUGUCCGUGAAGGGACAUGAGGGCUCGGGCUUCCAUGAGUUCAAUAGGCCCUCGGGCCUGUGCUGUGACGACGAGGGCCGCAUUAUAGUGGCCGAUUCCAAGAAUCAACGCAUCCUGGUCUUCAAUCAAAAUCUUGACUUUAUGUGGGAUAUCGAAGUGCGACCCUCCAUCAAUCCGCUAAUGCCACCGACGCUGGACGAGAAGGAUCGAACCUGCGAUGUGGCCAUGAUGCCAGACGGCCGCAUCGUAUUCCUCAUAGAACUGUCGCCAGACUCCAAAGAAGGGUCUAACCCUUACAAGCGGUUUGUGCACGUAUUCUAAAUAAGCUUAUAGCCGACAACUGGACUGGGAGGGGAAUACGAAUACCAAUCUUUUUUUUAGACCAUUUACAAGAGCUAAACGUUAGCGUAAUAGACAUCCAAUCCAAAAAGAAAAAAACAAAAACAAAACAAAGAACGAAACACUAAAAAACAAAAAGAGAAAAUCAGAAUUGAGAGCAUGGAAAAUUAGAAAAAAUUUUUAGCAUAAGUGCUACAACGAUUACCUCGAUAAUGCUUAAGAGUUAUGGUUACGAUUUGGUAAUUUACAAUACAAUACGAAUUACACAUAUGUAUACCGUACCGAUACAGAUACAGAGGCAGAUAUCUAUACAUCUGUAAAUAUCUGUAUGCGAAUAUGUAUCUAGCGAAUAUACAAAAGCCCAACCCAACACAACCAAUUAGGUCUAAAGCGAAAACCAACAGCAACAGCAGCAGCAAAAACAAAAGCAGUUGGUUAGGGGACAUAGGAGAUAUAUACAUAUACAACAUUAAUUGGUGAAGGAUCCGCGGGGUUAGUAAAAGACGAAAGCAGAGCAGAGCAGAGCAGGACACAACAAUAAGAAUUACUAGAUGAAAAUAUUACUACCUGUUAAUUAGACUGAAAAGCAGUUUUCUAGCCGGAGGAGCAAAGGAAUGGAGUGGAAUGGAAAACUCUUCCAUUAGCGGGGAAGUGCGUUUUAUGGGGGGUUGCUUAGCUGAAAGAACUACUAAAUAAGAUUUUUGUUUCUACAAGAGUUACUACAAAAUAAUUUUCAGACGAAUUGUUUGGCAUGGUAUUAAUGUUUGUAUUAUUAUCUUAAUUCGUUUAGUUCCGUUUAGAGAUAUUUUUUUCAUUUAUACAUACAUACAUAGGUUUUUAAAAUAUUUUUUUGAUUAUUUUACUAAUAAUUUCUUAUAAUUGAGACUGAGCAAGUGAGUACACGAAACUUUGUAAAAGGAAACAAAGCAAAACAAAACAAAAGAAAUCGAAACGAAAGUAAAGAAAAGGAAAGAAAAGAAACACAAGAACAAAUAUUAAGGAAACCCGCUGACUUUUGGUUGAACUUUUAACAAAGACUGAUUAACUAAACCGCAAUUUCGGAGCCAACUGAAGAACCAUAUAUGGUGAGGCCAAAAACAAGUGAAAUGAAAAUCACAAAAACACACAGACAAAUUGCAAUGACAUUGAUAACGUAAAGUAACUUAACUUAGCAUAACACUCAUACUUACAUACAACAUAUACAUAUACAUAUAGAUAUAUAUAAUAUAUAUAUAUAUAUUAUAUAUAGAGAGAUCCACAUACAGUCACGGUCGCAUCAUGAAUCAUUAUAGGCAUAGCUAAACCGAGUUUAACUGACAUUCACCUACAUUCAUUUCAUCCUAUAUUCAUCGCAGGGAUUUCGGAUUGUAAUGGAUUGUAAUGAUUCCCCCCACAGGGUACUCACAGCAGCAGCAGCAGCAGAAGCAUCAGCAGAGCGUGCUGAUAGAAGAGGGGUUAGCUAAAGGAAUGAUGAUAAAACAAGAGGGGAGGGGUUGGUCGCGAAAACAAACAAAGGAAACAAAAACGAAAAAAAUUAUCAUAAUUUUUGACUCAAUGUGUUCAUUAGCAUUUAGUAGAUUUAGCGUGACGUAGGGCAGGCAUAUGAAAAAUCCAGAGCAAUAUAUGGGCGUAUUGAAUACACAUUUAGGUGACAUGUUCCUCGCAAACAAAACAUAACAAGAAAACAAGUAAAAUGAUACUUAAUGAAAGCUUAAGAAAAGGGCAGCCAGAACAGAAGGUAAAUGCAUGGAUUAGCUGAAUUUUGUGUCGAAGAGAGGUGAGAUGAUUUUAAUAGCAAAUAUAUAGUACACACAUAGAACCGACUAGAACCGAUCCUGGGUGGGCCUGGAUCUAUACCCGGCACCGCACCUGGCAUUAGUUGCAAUGCGUGAUUAGAAAGGCGCUUAAAAUGUAUUAGCCAACUUAGUUACUUAGUUUAUUUUUAUGUUAUAUUCUAUUAUAUGUAUUUGUGUUUCAACCCGGAUUCAGAACCUGAUCAAACCAGAGCGAAAGAGAGAGACAGAGAGCGAGAGAGAGAGAGUGAAAGAGAUAGUACCAGAAUGUGUGCAAGGGAGAGAUAUAUAGCUAACACUCCUUCCACGUAUAAAGCAACAUUGCAUAAAAUGCGCAAAAAAAAAAAACAAGCAAGAGAAACCCCUUAAACAAAAAUAUUUAAAAAAAUCCCUAAAAAUACACUUAAAAUAUAAAAAUGAUGCAAAAAUGCCACACUUGCUCUACGAGAGCACAGGCAACAAAAACAUAUACUUAUACAAUAUUUAUACAUAUACAAUACAUAUAUACACGACAGAACAAAGGGAAACCUAUUAUAUAGAGCUAUAUAGAAUAGAAAUCGUAAUUAUUUUACACCUUAGCUUAGGCAGCCCUCUCGAUCCUCGGUCCUCGAGCCUCGAACCUCGAGCCCCACACGAAAUUGCCAUAACAUUACAUGACACAACCUCACCUCAUUUUAUUCAAUCGUACAUACCUUGACGCGCCGUUCAUUUCUUGUGAUCCAGAUCGAAUCAUUCAAACCACUCACACCACAAACAACAACUCACGCCAGACCACACCUACAUAUGUACAUAGAUAUAUGUAUAUAGUAUAUAUAUCAUAUAUACAUACCAUGCAUAUAGUAUAGCGUCUAGCGAGACGUUUGAGAAUGCCAUAUUUUAUACUAUUUGUGUGAGGUUUACUAAAACAAAUACUAAAGAACAAAUACUUAUAUCAUUACAAAUGAGCGCCGUUUUCUAAAAGCCACAGUUUAGAAAUUGUGUAAAAAAAAAGAAUUGCACUAAACAAGAAAAAAAAACAAACGAACCGAGUACGGAAUCCAAUUAUUGAGAUGUAAGAAAAUACAGAAUGCCAUAAUUUAAAAUAAAAAGCAUUUAAACAUAUACUAUACAUAUAUACUAUAGAUCUAUAGAGUACAGUACUAAAGUAUGUUAAACAGAACACGAUGGGAAUACUAAAAGUCAUGAGAAUACUGAACAAUUUGCCAAAGGCUUAAGAAUCAAAACGAAAGAGCGUAACAAAUAAUACAUACAUACAUAAAGACACUAUACACUAACACACAUACACAUACAUACACAAAACAAGAGCCUACGCAUAAAUAGUUAAUUAAAAUUUUUAAAACAUAAAUACAUACCAUACCAUACCAAAAAUACUACAUUAAACUUGCAAUCAGGUAUUUUUUUCAAAUAAACGCCAUAUUCCAAAAAAAAAAAAAACAAACAAAAAAACAAGUUGCCCAACCAACAACAACACCUUAAGCAAAACGAAAUUGCUCAUAUACACGUAGCUAUAGCUAACUAAAGUAUAGUACAUGUAUACUAUACUAAAAACGAAUCCAAAACUUAAAUCAGGUAUUCAAAUUUUUUGGUAUUACGUACAUAUUUAGCAAUUAAGAACAGCGAAACUCAAAACAAUUGACUUAAUGACUAAAGAUCCUUCGAGAUGUGCGGCCAAGCAAAACACCGCUGAGCUGAACUGAACGAUUUCCAAAAACAACAAAAAAACAAAAAACAAAAGUAAUGAGGUGCACAAAAGAAGAAUAAGAAGCAGACGAAUUCAAAACGAAAACAUAUUUAUAAAGAAACUUUUUAUAACAAAUCGAUUGAGAAAUCGAUGCUAAAGCAACAAGAAAUAAACUCUUAUAUCAAAAUACAAUUUUGAGUCAAAUUUUUUAAUGACAAUGCAAUUCUCGGUUAGCGCAGAGAAAUGAUUUCAUAACUAUAGAAAGAUCUAUACAUACUUAUACUAAAUACAAUACAUACAUAUACAUAAAUAUCGUAUAUCGUACAUGCGUGCAUACAUACAUAUAUUUUGUCAAGAUCAUUUAGCAAUUAAGUUUGUAACAAACUUCGAACAUGCAACAA